UAUAAAACCCUAGUGAGCAGAGGGUUUCUUCUCUCCUGAGCUGUCUCCUCUGUAUCUGUCUCUUUAUUUCAUCCUCCGUGUUUGGCCAGGCAGCUCACAGAGUUCUGUGUGGAGGACAGAGCUGUCAGAGCCGAGCCGUCUGUCCGUCAGCGCACACAGCUGUCUGCAUCCUGUGGAUUGUAUCUCCAGUGAGUGACACCUCGAAAGGAAGGCGAGAGACCUGAGCAGAGACGCAGCAGGCUUCCUCCUUCAUCCCUCCUGUGUGUGGAUGACCUCUGCUCCUCUAGUUGGCUUCUCGGCACCAUGAACAAGAUGAAGAACUUCAAGAGACGUUUCUCCCUGUCUGUUCCCCGCACUGAGACCAUUGAGGAGAACGAGUUCACGGAGCAGAUCAACCAGCUGAACAUCCAUCACACUCAGGGUCUGACUCCAGACAGACUGGGUCCUCCCUCUCAUGAUGCCAGCCCUGUGAGCCCUGAAGCCAGCACCCUGGGAGCCCAGUCUCCAUCACAGCUUCACUACCACAGCAAGGCCCAGCACAGACGCUUCUCCAUGGAGGACGUCAGCAAGCGCAUGUCUCUGCCCAUGGACAUUCGUCUGCCUCCAGAGUUCCUGAAGAAGCUGCAGCUGGAGAGCGAAAACUCACCGCUGUGCAAACCUGGCAGCCGCAUGUCUCGACGCGCGUCGCUGUCGGACAUUGGCUUUGGGAAGCUGGAGACAUAUGUGAAGCUCGGCAAACUGGGAGAGGGGACGUAUGCGACGGUGUUCAAAGGACGGAGCAAACUGACGGAGAACCUUGUGGCACUGAAGGAGAUUCGACUGGAGCACGAAGAGGGAGCGCCGUGUACUGCCAUCAGAGAGGUGUCUCUGCUGAAGAACCUGAAGCACGCCAACAUCGUCACACUGCACGACAUCAUCCACACGGAGCGAUGCCUCACGCUGGUCUUCGAGUACCUGGACAGUGACCUCAAGCAGUACCUGGACAACUGUGGGAACCUCAUGAGCAUGCACAACGUCAAGAUCUUCAUGUUCCAGCUGUUGCGUGGUCUGUCCUACUGCCACAAAAGGAAAAUCCUCCACAGAGACCUAAAGCCCCAGAACCUGCUCAUUAAUGACAAGGGCGAGCUCAAACUGGCCGACUUCGGUCUUGCGAGGGCCAAAUCCGUCCCCACGAAGACUUACUCCAAUGAAGUGGUUACUCUGUGGUAUCGUCCUCCAGAUGUGCUGCUGGGCUCCACAGAAUACUCCACACCCAUCGACAUGUGGGGUGUGGGCUGCAUCCUGUUUGAGAUGGCAACCGGUCGCCCCAUGUUUCCAGGUGCAACUGUGAAGGAGGAGCUCCAUCUGAUUUUCAGGCUCCUUGGCAGCCCAACAGAAGACACGUGGCCUGGCAUCGGCGGGAAUGACGACUUCAGGUCCUACCUCUUUCCUCAAUACAGACCUCAGGCCCUCAUCAACCAUGUGCCCAGGUUGGACACUGAGGGGAUCGACCUUCUCUCUGCUCUGCUGCUGUACGACACCAGGAGCAGAAUCUCCUCUGAAGCUUCUCUACGACAUUCCUACUUCCUGAGUCUGGGGGAAAACAUCCACAAUCUGUCAGACACAGCCUCCGUGUUUUCACUGCGGGAGCUGCAGCUGCAGAAGGACCCAGGCCACCGCAGCUCCGUGUUCCAGCCUUUAGGUCGAGGAAAGAACCGGAGACAAAGCAUCUUCUAAAUGAGGAGCAGAGAGGAGGAGAUCCACACGCCUGCAUGCACACGUUCAUUCUAUGGCAGCUCACCACAGACACAUGCUCCUGCUGUGCACAUGUCAGUGUCAGAGCUCAAACAACACAGGCUUGUAGAAGUCCUGAGGCACAUCCACGGUAGCGACCCCAUCUGGAAUCAUGGCUGCUUCACCCAAAUCACCAAGAUGUAGCUUGAACACAUCCGUCUAUUCAGAAUCUAACAGUGCCUCCAAACCCCAACGACGCAUUCUGAGCUCUCGGUUUGUUCAGUUGAUUCUUGUCAUUUCUUUUUGUCAUUGCGUGUUCCAGUGUAAACGUAUUAAAUAUCAGUAUAUAGAAAUCUGCGUAUGAAAUACCGGGAACCGACCAAACUAAUAGCCUCAAAAAUGAGGCUAAUUAAAAGAUGAGCAUGAGCUGCUUAAUAACUAAUAACUGCAACAUCUGAAGCGUAACGAGACUCAUGUUGGAUCAGUUCCGCCUCUGUAACAGGAAGCUUCUCUGUAUUCACGCCUUGCUACAGAUCCUUCGUGUUUCAGCUUGACUCCACGUUUUGAAGUUGCCUUAGUAAACUGCAUGAUAUUCUGGCUUGUGAACUCUAUUGCUGAUCUAGUGUAGCCUUGUGUUUGUACUUAGUCUCUGAUUUGCACAAACCAGAAGUGUCCUCCGAAGGCUGCUCCGUCCCUGUGUUCUGCUUAAACCUUGUAUCGUACCAGAAGCCCUUAAGCCUGGACAGAAGAAGGUGCUUUCACUUCACUCAGCUCUGCUGGACCUGCAGCCACGAGCGGCUUUAGGCACAAACAUACCCUGAGUCAAAGUAGAGUUGAGUGACAGCUACUGAUUUUACUGACAUUUGAAAUUUUCCUCAGUGUCCUUCACGCUUCCUCUGUGACUUAACUGGGAUUGGGCCCAGACGUAUGCGUGUCUGAUGAAAUGUGUCUCCUCGUUCACUCCCUCCCUCUCUGACCAGUACGCUGCAGAACAGGAUCCCAGUACAACCCAUUAAGAACACGUGAUGUCUGUUCACUCUUUAGUGCAAUAUGAAGUCUGGGCGGAAUAAGUGAGAGGUUUCCUACAAUUACUCUUCCAGUCCCCACACGGGCGGUUUAGCUGCAUGGAAACAUAUCACCUGUCAUUGGUUCAUACCUGACAAUGAUUUAUCCAAAUAUCUCUUUGUGUACAGUCCCAACGACUCCCAUCUGUACACGUGUGUAAUGUGAUCAGCUGUUCAGGUCGUAGGAUAUUUGAGUAGUUACCACAGAAUUGAAGACACGCUGCCUCUAACCUGAAAGGUUUCCUGAUGUGUCCAAACCAGACCUGAUGGUACCACAGCUGGAAUCAUGGCCCCUGGACACACUGGUCAGUGGAGAUGGCACCGUGCACCCUGCUUGGUUCAGUCCAGUUGUUGUGUGUAAGGAGUGACGUUCCUGCUAAUGAACGGCGUGUCUGCACCUCGUCAUUCUGACGUUGUGGCUCCACUGCAUCAUUCUGCCUUCGUUUUAGAGCCGUCUUCUGAUACAAACUACUUUCACUUGUGUUGCUUGAAAGCCAAGUGAUAAAGCUGCUGUCUCUCCAAUGAGCUACAUGCAAUAAUGAGGUGGGGAUGGUGGCUCUUCCACAGUGGUGAUGGCUGGGAGGUUCAAACAAUAGACCACUGCCUGUUGCCAAGCACUGGGUUCCACUGUGAGGUGAAGGCAGCUCAGGGUUCUGCUAGAGGUGUGGGACGCCAUCCUUGGCAUGCAGAGGUCCGACGUGCUUCCAGGCCGGGCCUCCUGGAAAACAGUGGAUCAGCCCUAUAGACUAACCUGCUCAUCUGACCUGUGACAGGAAGUGACAGAGAAGCUCCUCCCUGUCCUCGUUCCCCACUCUGCAGGUGACGAGUCUGGGCACAGUGGUCCCAGCCACAGAUAACGGCUCUACAGCCUCUGAAUGGUUUCAUGUCUCAGUGUUCCUUUAAUCAACUACUUGCCAAUGACCCGAUCGCGUCCUAAAACCGUCACAAGUCACAACAGAAUAAAAGUCCCACGUCAUGUCUUCUUCUACGACAGCCUCGCAGAGUCAGAUCAGUGGAGACGGCCUGACUCCACAGGUGACCUGUGACCCUACUCAAUAACAUCCUGCCAGUAGCCAGUCCUUGGUGUGAAGCUGAUGGAGGGAUGAUGUUGUCUGUUCAGGAGCAGGAUGCGGCGCUGUGGACGCCACAUUGACAAACCGCCCUCACUCCCUUCAGUGGCAGAAGUAUUAAUACUGUACGUGUCUAGUUGUGGUAAAUGAAGCUAUUUUAAUUACUAAAAUUAAAACAAAUAUAUAUAUAUAUGUAUAUUAUAUUUCUCAGUGAGUUUUAUGCUGUUAAAUAAACAAUAGAGCACUGAAUCUAAAAUUAAGUUUAAAAAAUGCAGAUGAUGUCUAAAUGUUUUAUAAAAGUUUAGAUUUUGUAUGAGAUGUGAUAUUUUAUGUGACUUGUCUACACUGUUAUAAAAUGAGAAAUUGAAUGUAAUGUGGCCGCCAACAGGCAAAGAGUAAAUUAAUAAACCAUUGACAUUCUGGGAAA